CAAAAGCAGCGCAUCGGCAGGAGAGAUGGAGGAUGAUGGACAGACUGGCACAGAGGACUGCAAACCGAAAGACUUCAAACGUAAAGGGGCCAUUCAUGUUCACCGAAAACCCAAGACCAUCCAGGAAACCUUCCACACACCUCAAGAAGCAUCUCACGGUGUUUUUCCGGAGGAUGAUCUUGGAAAAGGAAAAGAUUUAUUUAGUCGAGGCGCGAUGUAUGAAGACGAGCAGGACGGGAUUGAAGACUACAAACCGAAGAAGCACUCGAAACUCAAGUUUAAAAAGCACAAAGCUAAGAGUAAAGCCAUGGCUCUGGAAUAUGAGAAUCCGCCAGGAGCCACGUCUAGUGACUACUACCUGUCAGAGGCAGCCGAGGCGGAGUGGUUGGCUGCUCAAAUGGACGGGCGUCUCGCAGCCAGUUUUGAGGAAGGCGAGGAAGAUGGGGACACUGAUAGUUUGAUGGAGUGGUGGAAUACAGUAGAACAAUGGGAUGAAGUGCCCUCAGACGACGAAGACAAGGCCUUGAAAGAAGACGAGGCAAAGUCAUUCACCAUGCUGGCAGAGAAGGUUCAUCUCGGCCUGCGUGUCUUCAACAAGGUCUUCACCGAGAGCGCUGAGGUCCUCUGGCAGUAUGUCAUCAAGCUCCAUGCCAUCGCUGACGACAUCAGCACCUUCCACAAGAAGGCCAAGAUUGCCAGCAUCACCGGCGGCACCACCACGGCGGUGGGCGGCGUGGCGGCCAUCGCCGGCCUUGCACUGGCACCAGUCACCUUCGGCGCCUCUCUCAUAGUCACCGCUGUGGGAGUGGGUGUGGCCACGGCUGGCGGGAUUACAUCAGCCUCAGCCACCAUCUCGGACAAUGUGAACAAAAUGCAUGACCGCAAGAAAGUAGAAGCGGUGCUGCAGGACUAUGAGUCUCAUCUGCUUGAAAUCGGGAAGAUCCUACACUUUGUGGACCAGGGCAUGUACAGAAUCCGGGGCCACCCUUUCCUUAGGGCCGGCACUCAGCACUACUCUGAGGACUGGGAGGUCCGCAGGGCUGUCCAGAUGAUCAGCUUGGUAGACAAGCCCGUGAUGCGGGCUGUGGAUAUCACAGACGAUGCCGUGGUCUCUGUCCAGGGGCUCUUCCAGGGCAUGGACAAGUACUUCAUCAAGGACUCCCGUGAGCUGAAGAAAGGCUGCAAGAAAGAGGUGGUGUUUCGAAUUAAGGAGGUGGCCAACGUGCUCAAUGAUGGCCUGGUGGAGCUCAAUGCCAUCAGGGAAGAACUGCAAGAGGCAAAUGGGAACUAAUGAACUUCAACCCCCAUGAUGCAAUGUAACCAAAGGCGUUUCUAAAAACUGGAUCAGCAUCUCCCUCUUCUGGACAAAGUGGAGACUUAUUUUUUUAAAGCGCGUUCAUUUGCCCUUAAAUGAAUGGCAAGCAGUGACAGCUAAGUUAUUUAAAAGGCAACAUUUUCCUCAAAACCAGUAUACUAAAAAUGCCAGGAUGAUUUACUUUUUCCUGGUUUGACUGGGUGUUUGUUGGCUUUAUCUAAACAGAAAUUAGUGCGAGGAAUAAAAACUUGCCACAAUGUCAUUCAGUAUGACUGGAUAUGGUGAAUUGUACCAGUCACAAUAAGCGACAAAAACAACAAGGGUUUACUAGAUAUUCGCCACCCAGCAGAUUUUAAUUGUAGAAGGUAUAUGUGGAAUAUGGAAUAUGUAUUGAGCUGAAACUUUUCACGAUCAGCAGUGUGAAAAGCUCAGCUCUUUUUAUCUUAUUUCUUUUGCAAUGAAGGUAAACCACAGUGUUGUGCAUGUUUCAAAUGAAUUUCUGCUGAACAGUCAAGGAAUGAAAGAAACAUCUCAUACCUCCUUGAUAUUAAGUAGUUUGAUUUUUAUCUGGGCUGGGUGUCAGAAAGCUUACCCAACACACAUGAACAGCUAAACCAGUGGCUUUCAAUCAGGUCCUCUGGUACCACCAGUACUUACUUGUUUUUCUACCAUUCACCUGUUAGUCCAGGUCUAAAGCCUGCCAGAUUGGAGGUUGGAACAAUUGGUGAAUGUAAUGAAGAACCUGGUAGGAUAGAAAACCAGCAAUAUUGGUGGCACCCGAGGACCUGAUUGAGAACCACUGAUCUAAACCAACGGUGUCUAAGGUAGCAUAUUUCAGUGGAGAUUUGGGGGGGGGGGGGGUUAAUCACAAAGAUUUCAUCUGGUGUAGUGUCUGGACAUAAUGAUAAUUUCUGCUCUUCCAUCAUUUACAGUUGACCCAGACACAUGUUUUAAACUGUUGAGAAAAUGAAACACCAAAGUUGGGAGUCAUAAAGGUGUUUUGUUUUUUUUGCUUGUUUGUUUUUACAUCUGAUACAGAUGAUUUAUUGCACAAACAUGCAUAGCCUAAAUAAUGUCAUGUGAUGUUGUAACGCUGAAGGUUGAUAUUAUAAUGAACCAGUUUUUGCACAUUUAUUGUUUACAUUCUGAUCUUCCACACAGUACAUUGUAUAUUUUUUAUAACCGUAAUGAAUUAAAGUUGACUUCAUGUGCGUGCCCUGAAAAAUAUAAAUAAACACGGCUAUCAUUUUCAGGUGUUGGUAUCUCAUCAAUAAUAAGGU